AUGGCAGACGAACACGAGCAGCCCGAGAGCUCCACUGCAUAUUCUGGGCCUCUCAGGAUCAACAUAGAUGAGCUUAGAGAUAAUGUCUUCACAUUUAUAGCCGAUGAGGAGGAGGCUCAAAACUCCAGGAAGAAAGCUUUCACCGACGAGAUUCAGGAGAAGGCUCGCCGUGAGGGUAAGAAUGAGCAGGAAAUUCAGGCCCAUUUACAGGCAGCCGAACACUGCAUUAUGUUGUAUCGCGCGGGUCGAACUAACUGCCUCCGCAUUGAGUAUGAAAUGAAGAGGGUUAAGGAGAAGACCAAGAAGAGGAAGAUUGAGGAGAGGGAGAUUGAGGAGAGGAAGGAGGAGAGGAGUAAGAAGAGGAAGAUUGAGAAGGAUAAGAUCGAAAAGGAUAAGAUCAAGAAGCAUGAGACUGAGAAAGAUAAGGUUGAGAAGGAUAGGAUGGAGAAGGAGAAGGAGUAG